AAAGCACUUCUCAACUCAGACUUCACGCAUGUCGUAUCAACUGUAAACAUGAGCGGGAUAGAAGCAUGGUACAUGGAUGAGUCUGAAGAGGAUCAGAAACUUCCUCACAGAUUAAACCCGAACCAGCCCGUGUCCCUCAAACAGCUCGAAGAGAUCGGAGUUUAUUACUGGAAGUUGAAUGCUGAUAUUUAUGAAAAUGACCCAGAACUGCAGAAGAUCCGUGAGGAGAGAGGUUAUUCCUACAUGGACAUCAUAACUAUUCACCCCGACAGACUUCCCGAUUAUGAGAACAAAGUAAAGAUGUUUUAUGAAGAACACCUCCACUUGGAUGAUGAGAUCCGCUACAUUCUGGACGGGCAGUCUUACUUCGACGUGAAGGAUAAAAAUGACCGAUGGAUUCGGAUAGCUGUAUCGAAGGGCGACCUCAUCACACUCCCGGCGGGAAUUUACCACAGAUUCACCGUGGAUGAAAGCAACUACACCAAGGCAAUGCGUCUGUUUGUGGGUGAGCCGGUGUGGAAGGCUUAUAACCGCCCGGCUGAUGACUUUGACAUCCGCAAGGCCUACGUGAACUCUCUGAAGGGCUCCUAAAACUUUCAGAAACAUUAACACUGACAGUGUUGCUAACACACUACUUUAUCAAUGAUGCCGAGGAGAAGUGUCAUUCACAGUCCUGAUUUACAAUCAUGAAUAGCAUUGUGACAUUCAGUUUCAGUUGUGACUUCUUAUGUCGUAUCUGUCAAUACUAAUGGUAGAGACAUGAUUUUUUACAUUUCAGUGGGAUUGUGUGGAAGGUGAUAGUUCAGUAAUUAAAAGAACUUGAGAAACA